CCCCCUUUCAGCUGCCGGUCCCUCUUUAGCUCGGAAGCAUGAACCGGAUCCGCAUCCACGUGUUGCCAUCGAGCCGCGGGCGCCUCCCGCCUGUGCCGCGGGCGCAGGAGCCGCUGGCCUGUGCGUUCACCCCGCGGGCCUGCUCCCAGCCCCGCCUGGACGGGCAGGAGUUCUGCAUCAAGCACAUUCUGGAGGACAGGACCGCCCCCUUCAAGCAGUGCAGUUACGUGUCCGCCAAGAACGGGCGGCGCUGCCCCAACGCGGCGCCCAAGACCGAGAAGAAGGAUGGCACCUCGCUGUGUGCGGAGCACGCCCGGAGGAACGCGCUGGCGCUGCAGGCGCAGGGCAGGAAGUCCCAGGCCGGGGCAGGGGGGGAGAACCUCCUGUGGCAGCUCAGCGCCUACGUCCGCGCCGAAGCGGGCACUCAGCCUGCGGAGAGCAGCCGCAGCGAAGCCACUCGUAUCCUGGAUGAGGACAGUUGGAGCGAUGGGGAGCAGGACCCGGUCACCGUGGAGCAGACGUGGCGGGGGGACCCGGACAGCGAGGCUGACAGCAUCGACAGCGACCAGGAGGAUCCCCUCAAGCAUGCCGGGGUGUACACAGCCGAGGAGGUGGCUCUCAUCAUGAGGGAGAAGCUCAUCCGGCUCCAGUCGCUCUACAUCGACCAAUUCAAGCGCCUCCAGCACCUCCUCAAGGAGAAGAAGCGGCGGUUCCUGCACAGCCGCAAGGGCGAGCACGAGGCCAUUGGCAGCAGCCUCCUGACCGGGCGCCGAGGGGCUCCUGGCCAAGGAGCGGGAGAGCCUCAAGCGCCUCAAGUGCCUGCGGCGCUACCGGCAGCGCUACGGGGUGGAGGCGCUGCUGCACCGGCAGCUCCGCGAGCGCCGGCGCUGGCCUCGGACGGCGCGGCCCAGCAGGCCCAUACCACCCGCUCCAGCCAGCGCUGCUUGGCCUUCGUGGAUGACAUCCGCUGCUCCAACCAGUCCCUGCCCAUGACCAGGCACUGCCUGACCCACAUCUGCCAGGACCCGAGCCAGGCCCUGUUCCGGCCCUGCCGGGGCUCUGAGGACCGUUCCCUGCCCCAGGGCCGUGCCCCUGAGCCUGGGCGCGGAGCCCAGCUGCCCCCUGCACCUCCGCCUGCCCCCUCCCAUGUACGUGCCUGAGCAGGGCCCCGGGGGGGCUGAGGAUCUGGGGGCUGCCCCAACGGAGCUGUACCUGAGCGCAGCCGAGCUGCAGCCUCCGAGAGC